AAGAAGGCUUGAACGGCACCGUCUCCUGCUCGGAGAGCGCGGGUGCAGCACAGGAAAACCACUAUGACUUCAAGCCAGCUGGGACUUCAGAGCUGGAGGAGGAUGAAGGGUUCAGUGACUGGUCGCAGAAGCUCGAGCAGCGCAAACAGAGGUCCCCAAGAGAGUCCUAUCAAGAAGAGGAUGGUGGUGUGAGGGAAGCUGAGGUCAAACUGGAGCAGAUCCAGCUGGAUCGGGAAAGCCUGGAGGAGAUCCAGGAGGAGAAUGUGGUUAUCGGGGAGGAAGCGCGGCUGUGUCGGGAGGAAGAAGAGCUCCAGGAACAGGAGGAAGAGGAGAGGGCCGAGCAAGAGGAAAAGAAGAGAAGGAGAAAUGAAGAAGAAGAAACAACACUGGAGAAGCACCGGAAGGCUCCAAGCGUGGGAGAGGAGGAGCUGUGCUCUGACCCCGCCGCGGUGUGCUCCGUGAAGAUCGCAGACAGAACUGAGUCGCUGAACCGCUCGAUAAAGAAAAGCAACAGCAUAAAGAGGUCUCCCAUCCCUGUGUCGAAGAUCGAUGACAGGUUGGAGCAGUACACGCAGGCUAUUGAGACAUCCACAAAGGCUCCAAAACCUGUCCGACAGCCCUCUCUUGACCUUCCCACCACGAGCAUGAUGGUAGCCAGCACGAAAAGCCUCUGGGAGACCGGAGAGGUGUCAGCUCAGUCUGCUGUGAAGUCCUCAACCUGUAAGGAUAUUGUGGCUGGAGACAUCGUGAGUAAAAGAAGCCUUUGGGAACAGAAGGGCAGUCCCAAACCUGAGACCAGUACCAAGUCUGCUCCUUCUGGCAAGAAGUAUAAAUUCGUUGCAACAGGCCAUGGCCAGUACAAGAAGGUGUUGAUAGACGAUGCUGCAGAGCAAUAG